ACCAGCGUGCUGGGAGGGCGGGCGCGUGGCCAGCAAGAGGGAAAAGGGAAGCGAAAGAGGGCCGCAGAGAAAGGCGGGAUUGGAAGACGGAUAAGCGAGAGCAGACGCCUUCGACGGGAGGGAGGGAAGAGGUGGGCAGAUACAUAACAAGAAAAGCCUUCCUACCCAAUUCAUUCACUUAUGCAUCUGUCCGGCACACAUGGCUUCUCUUCAGGCGUGGAUGGCCGGGUGAAAGACAGCCAGGAACAGAUUGGAAAGCUAUCUAAGGGAGUGACUCACACAAGCACAUCCACAUUCAGAGAACAGAGAACAGAGUCCAUGCUGCCUGGUGGAGAGAACAGCUGCUGAUAUCUUGCUGGGUGCCACACACCAAGAUGGGCUGCAAGUGAGUGGUGUCACUCGUGAGGCAGACUUGCUCCCCACUUCUGUAAAGGUAACAGCCUUCACCUGGGGGAGACGACCCCCAACCCCACCCUCACCAUGCUCCAGGGGGUUCUGAGUGCUUCCCAGCAGUGGCUGAAGGAACGGAGAGAGUCCCAGCAGCUGGUGCUGGUGGUGGUGUUUGUAGCUUUGCUUCUGGACAACAUGCUGCUCACUGUGGUGGUGCCCAUUGUACCCACCUUCCUGUAUGCCACAGAGUUCAAAGAAAGCAACUCUUCUCUGCGCACCGGCCUUUCUCUAAGUUCCCCACAAACUCGCAGCUCUCCUGACUUCUCAGCCAUCUUCUCCUUUUUUGACAACACCACCGUACUUGUGGAAGAAACUGUUCCCGGGAGCACAGCAUGGCUCAAUGGCUCUUCAGGCACCAUCCCCCCUCCAGUCACCAACACCAGCUCAGCACAUAAAAACAACUGCUUGCAAGGCUCAGAGUUCUUGGAGGAAGAGAACCUUCGUGUUGGAGUUCUCUUUGGUUCAAAGGCUUUGAUGCAGCUUCUGGUCAACCCACUUGUGGGACCUCUCACCAACAGGGUUGGAUAUCACAUUCCCAUGUUUGCUGGCUUUGUUAUCAUGUUCCUCUCCACCAUUAUGUUUGCUUUUUCCGGCAUCUAUAGUCUGCUGUUUGUGGCCCGGACCCUCCAAGGCAUUGGAUCUUCAUUUUCCUCUGUUGCAGGUCUUGGAAUGCUGGCCAGUGUCUACACCGAUGACUAUGAGAGAGGAAAAGUCAUGGGAAUCGCUUUGGGUGGCCUGGCUUUGGGAGUUCUGGUGGGAGCUCCCUUUGGAAGUGUGAUGUAUGAGUUUGUUGGAAAGUCUGCUCCCUUUCUCAUCUUGGCCUUCCUGGCACUACUGGAUGGAGCCCUCCAGCUCUGCAUCCUGCAGCCUUCCAAAGUCUCUCCUGAGAGUGCCAAGGGGACUCCAAUCCUUACACUUCUCAAAGACCCUUAUAUCCUGGUGGCUGCAGGUUCCAUCUGCUUUGCCAACAUGGGAGUGGCCAUUCUAGAACCCACAUUGCCCAUCUGGAUGAUGCAGACCAUGUGCUCCCCUGAGUGGCAGCUUGGUCUGGCUUUCCUGCCUGCCAGCGUGUCCUACCUCAUCGGCACCAACCUCUUUGGUGUGCUGGCCAACAAGAUGGGUCGGUGGUUGUGCUCCCUGGUUGGGAUGGUGGUGGUUGGUACCAGCUUGCUCUGUGUCCCGCUGGCUCACAGUAUUCUUGGUCUCAUUGGCCCCAAUGCGGGCCUUGGCUUUGCCAUAGGCAUGGUGGACUCCUCGCUGAUGCCCAUCAUGGGGCACCUGGUGGACCUGCGGCACACCUCCGUGUAUGGGAGUGUCUACGCCAUUGCUGACGUGGCUUUCUGUAUGGGCUUUGCUAUUGGCCCGUCCACCGGGGGCGCCAUUGUGCGGGCCAUUGGUUUCCCCUGGAUCAUGGUCAUCAUUGGGGUGGUUAACAUCGUCUAUGCUCCUCUCUGCUAUUUCCUGCGAAACCCCCCAGCCAAGGAGGAGAAGCUUGCUAUUCUGAGCCAGGACUGCCCCAUGGAGACCCGGAUGUACACAACCCAGAAGCCCACAGAGGAAUUUCCCCUGGGCGAGAACAGCGAUGCAGACCCUGACAGCGAGGAGUAGCAGCUGAAGGCGGCCCAGAGUCCGGUCUUAGCUGACCCCAUGAGGCUUGGACUCCGGGCCGCUUCUUUCCUGGAACCAGAUCAUGAAGGGCUGCUCAGCAGGCUCCCUGUGCAGGCCCGGGAACCUUGCUUCCUCCCAUCCCUGGGGCGCCUUCCUCCUACACUGCUCACCUGAGUAGCCGCUUGCUCUCCCUCCAAGCUUCUCCUGUGGGAGGACAGUGAUGCCUCCCCUCUGGCUGCUCUCAGGCUGAUAAACUUGAGCUGGGACAAGUUCUGCAAGGGUGACUCAGUUUCUGGAGGCGGCAGUGAGCAGUGCACCCCUGAAACCGAGGGGCCAUCACAGACCUUGGUUCCUUUGUUUUCUGAUUUUCCUUGGCACCUUCCCAACAUACUGCAAGAGUUGUGUCAUCUGUUCCCUGGCACAUUCCUCCCCGAUUUUUCCCAGUUGAGUGGAGCAGGUGGCCUCAACGUUGUGCAGUGCCAACAGGGAGGGGAUUUUUCUUUUCUUUUCUAACAAAUUGGCUGAUUUUUCUGUAGCGAAACCUACUUACUGCUUCUCAGAUGAACAAAGCGUCUUCCUACAUUCUUCGUUAGCCAGUGGGAUUCAGAGCAGGUGUUUCUCCUUGACUUGAGUUACUGACAUCCUCAUACUUUCCAUCUGUGUUUCUAUUUUUCCUGAACUUCUAAGACUAUUAGAAAGAAAAGCCAAUGAAGGGGAGGCUGAGACAGGGGGACUGUAAAUUCGAGCCUAGACAACUUAGCGACUUAGUGGGAGGACCCCAUCUCAAAAUAAAAAACAAAAAAGUGUACAAAGGUCUUAGGUUCAUCUGCCCCUAAAAGCAUUCUAAUACACCCAAGAUGUCCUGGAAAGAAGGGAAAAGAAACUGCCGUGAAAUUUCUCCCAGUGUGGAUUUCCUAACAUGAAAAGCAUCAUGAGCCAUUGUUCACAUCUUUUAAUGGGAAAGUUUAAUUCACACAUGGAAACCAGAUGCUGUUCUGUAGCAAAGGAGAUCAUGAGGGUAAAUACUGUAAGCGUCAUAAUAGUAUGACAUUUUGUUACAAUUUAAUUUUUCCCAUUAAAUUUAUUGGUACAU